CCCACCCUCCCUCUCUUUUCCCUCCUCUGUUUUUCGAUCUCUCAUUUAAGAGAGAGCCCCACAUUCAAAUUUUGCCAAACACAAACCAACUACUACAACCAUGGCAUCUGCAAGCAGCUCCGCACAGGCCGCCUUCGGGCUGGGCCGGAGGAAGAAGAGCCCCGGCCUCCUGGAUCAGAUUGGAAAUUUCUUUGGAGGGGACAAGAAGAGGAAGACCAAGGGAUCUUUCCGAGGUGCUCUCUCUCCAGGCCCCCAGAAAGCCUCUGCGACUUCCCCACGUAAGCGUGGAGCAGAGAACGCUGUGGUCCAUUUCUUCCGCACGAUCGUUUCCCCUGCCCCUCCCAAGUCUAGGUGGAGAGGACUAGCAGCCAGCAUAGGCCUGGGUGACCAGAAGUCACAGUCUGCUAAAGCCAAGAAGGCCAGUGCAGGGGACGGCAAAGGCACCCUCACUAGGAUCUUCAAAAUGUGAUGAUAUCAGCAGCAGAGGAAGCAGGAGUGCUUCUCCAGGCAAACGCUGAAGUCCCUCUCUACAACCCCUUCCAACAGCACGAGGGCAGAUGUUCAAGAUCACAUGACUGAAGUGGGGGAAAAAGAAGAAGAAAAGGAAGAAAUCCUGUCACCCCUCCCUAAACUUACCUUCCCCUCCUCCUCCGAUAACACUCUAACUUAUGCUAAAUCCCUCAUCUCCCCCUCUUACCUACCCACCCCUUUGGCUGGUAGAUAGCGACACAAUCUGUUGCCCCCCCCCCCUCAUUUGCGUGAACUUUUUUUGCUGAAAUGUAUCCUGAAGCCACUCACGUGUGCAGCCCGAAUGCCCCCCCCCCUCCUAUACUUGUGCUUGAGUUUCUGUGGACGUCUUCGAUGGUUCCUCUAACAAAAGGGCGGCUAAACCGAAGCACACCUGGAGCAGUUGAAGGAUUGCGGCCGGUGCAAGUCCGACUGACUUGACCGUCAUUGCCCCCUUGCUGAUUGUAUGAAAAGGCCGGGGUGUUUCUGUUUUCAAAAUGAGCGGUUUUCUGUCUCGUCACACUGUCUUCGUCAUUCCCACAAACCUUUUCUGUGAACCCCAAAACAUAAACCUGUGUUUAACAGAUUUUGCGUUCUUAAUAGAGCCAUUUGGUCACCGUGUGUUUUCAUUCCACCUUUGUGUCUUAGCUGUAGUUAAGUGUCCUGUCAUGUGAUGUUGAUCUGUGUUUGUCUUCCGGGCCUACGGCUGGCUGCGUCUUUUGUGGUAAAAAUUUAAUUUCUAAACCUUCUAAAUCCCAUUUUCUGCAAUAGUCACUGAUUUCUAAUGUAUCAUUUCUUUUUUUGGUUCAUGAGAUAAUGGUAUAUACACUAAUGAUGCUAGAUUCAGACCUUCCCUCUUUGCUUUAGUGUAGUCUGGGUCUCUCCUUCGUCUUCGCUGUUUCUAUCUCACACAUGUCCCACAUACUGUAAAAGUGCCUUUCCUCCUGACUACCAAACGAAAGUGCUGUGUUGCCUUCUCAUGGAUAAUUUCAAAAAACCACAAUUUCAAAAAAGGUGCUCUGUAACUAACCCUGUAGUGACACAUUAUACGGUGUUUCUUGGGAAUGUGUAAUUUGCAUGUUUUCUGAAGAAAAAAAAGCUCAGCACUACCACGGGUGCUGUUCAAAACAUCCCCUCUUCCUCAUGUGUUAAAAAGCGGCCGUGUUUGAUCUGUAGCGUUCAUCUCUCCCACUGUGUGUGCUUGAGCCUCGUGAGCGCUGUGUGAUGUGUUUUUUCUGAAUGGAUCCUGUGGAUGAAUGUAAAGAUCCUCUUCAUUAUUGUAUGUGUAAUAAAACAUGACCAGCCACUUAACUGAGAAUAAAAAAUAAAAACUAUAAAACCAA